AUGUCACCAAACCCAUUUGAAGUAUCAAACAUGCUUAUUGCUGGCAAUACGUGUACCGCAGCAUCUUCACGUCGCCGUGUUCUUGUCACUGGUGCCGCUGGGUUCAUUGGUUUUCACACUGCUAAGGCACUACUGGCUCGUGGAGACGACGUGGUUAUCAUCGACGAGCUUAACGAUUAUUACGAUGUAAAGCUUAAGCAGCACAACCUCGACUGGCUCACAAAGACAUACGGAAGUCAAGUGAGCGUGUACAUUGGCGAUAUUUGCGACCAGCAGCUCGUGCGUCGUGUGCUUAAGGAGAGCAAAGCUGACUCGGUAGUGCAUCUGGCGGCCCGUGCGGGCGUCCGUCCAAGCAUUGACAACCCACUCAUCUACAUCCAGGCCAACGUGGUGGCCACAAUGGUACUGCUAGAAUCAUGUCGCGAGUUUGGUAUCAGUAAAUUCGUGUACGCAAGCAGCAGCUCAGUGUACGGCGGCAGCAUGAAGGAACGUUUCAGUGAAGAGGACAUUGUGGACUUCCCUGUGAGUCCGUACGCCGCGACCAAGAAGAGCUGUGAGCUGUUGGCGCAUACGUACCAUCACCUGCAUGGUAUGGAUACCAUUGGACUGCGCUUCUUCACGGUUUACGGUCCGCGCGGUCGCCCCGACAUGGCGCCAUUCAAGUUCAUGGACCGCAUUGCUCGCGGUGUGGCCAUUGAUCAGUAUGGAGACGGUUCUUCAUCGCGCGACUAUACGUUUAUCGAUGAUAUCGUACAGGGCGUUGUACUGAGUCUAGACCGUGGUCAUGGUUGCGAGGUGUUUAACCUCGGCCGAGGUACGCCCGUGCUAUUGACGGACUUUAUCUCGAUUAUCGAGGGUCUUGUAGGCAAGAAAGCAAAGAUCAAUAUUCUGCCAAACCAGCCGGGUGACGUGCCACGUACAAGCGCCGACAUCUCGAAAGCAAAGCAGCUGCUUGGCUACAAACCCACGACUCCACUGGAGCAGGGCCUGGCAAAGACAUGGGAAUGGUAUUCCAAGUUCUACAACGCGACGUCAAUCGAGUCUCCGACCGGGUCAAUGCAUGCUUAA